AUGAUGCGCGGGAAGGGCUCGAUGCGCCCUGGGAAGAAUCACAUCUAUUUUGCUUCGUCUGGCUCUACUUGGCACUUUCGUAUGGAAACGCCGCCAGAGAGAGAGAGAGAGAGAGAGAGAGAGAGAGAGAGAGAGAGUUUCGUGCAUGCACUUUAUCGCUGGGAAUGGGGGAAAAAUUCCAGAUUCGAGCUCUUCCUCCUGGAGCCGGGAGAGGAGAAGCUGACCGAGACCAUCAACACAUCCAUGUCAAACACGUCAGACUUUACUUUCAAAAAGGAAGACCACACAUUGGGCAACAUGCUCUGCGAGCACCUCAAGCAGCAUCCCAAUGUUCUGAUGGCAGGCUACAAAGUAUCUCACCCCAACGUACCCGAGUUCUUCCUGCGCAUCCAGACGGACGGCAAGGUGACGCCCAAGGCGUGCUUGCUGGACGCCUGCCGCACGAUCCUGCACAGCCUCGGACAGAUCCGGACCGAGUUCACGCGAGAGUUUGAGCUCAGGCGGAUGGUUGCUGCCGGCGAGCAGCAGCAGAAUGGGGAGCAUGGCCAUGGACUCUAG